AUGGUGAUGUUUCAAGAAAACGAUGCUGGAAAGGAGCCGGAUGAGCAAUAUACACGGGUGCUGACUCCAGAGAGCCUGCAGUGUGGGGUUGGCACCUACUACGUAACAGCCCUGUUGAAUGGAAGCAAGGAGGGUGCCCAGCAGACGCCCGCCCUCUUUCCGAUGGUCACUGCCAUCACCCAGUGUUAUUUCUGGGACAUGUGGAGGAGCAGCGGAUGCCAGAGCCCACUUUUGAGGACACAGUGUCUGUGUAACCACCUGACCUACUUGGGCGGCGAUUUCUUCAUUGUGCCUCGGGCAGUGAAAGCGGAAGACACAGCUGAGCUGUUCCUUCGUGUGACCAGCAACACCAUUGGGGUGCCCCUGCUGGCCAGCCUUAUUGGAGUCUAUAUGCUCAUUUUUGUGUGGGCUUGGAGAAAGGACCAAGCAGAUAUGCAGAAGGUGAGGGUCACUGUCCUGGCUGAUAAUGACCCCAGCUCUCAGUUCCACUACCUUAUUGAGGUCUCCACGGGCUAUCGAAGAAGGGCUGCUACAACAGCUAACGCUCGUGAAAUAAAUGUUCCUCAUUUGUUACUUGGUGUCUUCCGCCAUGUGGUUAUCACCCUUUAUGGAUCAGAGGGGCAGAGCGAACCCCAUCAUCUUUGUGAUUCCCAGAAAGCAGUCUUUGAACGAGGGGGACUGGAUGUCUCCUUCUGGGUACUCCGUCUUCUCUGCAGAAAUUACACAGCCUGCAGCUCUGGCAUGACAGUUCUGGCGUCAGCCCUUCUUGGAAUUAAAGGAAACUGUGGAAUUCCUGCUCAGAAGAAAUACGUACCUACUCUGAGUGUGAACAGUCUUCAUGGAGUUCUUUCUUACAACAUUAACCAGCUGGUGAAGCUCUUAUCCAGCUUCGUCUGUUGUUACUUAGAGGGUCAAGGCCGUCACCAGCGGGCAGAACCCUACUGGGCAAAUGGUAAAGUUCAUUACCUGCUCAGAGUUCUGCGGAGGCUUCAAUCUCACUUAGGCACACUGGGUCCCGCCCAGGCCCAUCAGCCUUGUGACUUCCUAGAUGCAGUCAGCCAACUGCAAGAACUCCAGGAACUGCUGGAAAUGCGUAUUCUUCCCACAGAGCAAGGGCCAUCCAGGGACGCAGCCAGAGCCUUCCCCAUCCUGAGCCCAGACGGGAAGCAGCCCAUCUCUAAUGGCCGGCUCAGAUGGUUGACUUACUUCUGCUGGCUCCUUCUGGUGUCACUAGCCUGGCCUCAGCCUUUUUUGCAGCACUUUAUAACCUGGAACUGAACAAAGACCAAGCCACCAGCUGGGUUAUUUCGAUAUUAUCAUUGCUUCAGAACAUCUUCAUCACCAGUAAAGGUACGUGAGAAACAGUGACACUGGCAUGGGAGGAAACAUUGUAGUUGCAGGAAGCUUGGGAAACCGAGGUCUGUGGGUGUCA